CCCGGGCGAGGCGGGCGGAGCGGGACGGAGCGCGGGGUCGGGCUCGGGCUCCCCCUCCCCGGCGUGUGUGGGCGCCGGGCCCGCAGGCGAGCCGCCCCCGCCCGGGCAGCGGGGAGAGGAGAAGGUGGCAGCCGCCCCUCUCCGGCCGGGCCGUGCCGGGCCGUGCCCGCGGGGGUCGCCCCGGUGCCCGGGGCUGCUCCUCCUCCAUGAGUCGCGGCUGCCCGGCGUGGGGCGGCGGGAGGCGGCGCCGGCCGGCCUCGCCGUGAGGGGCCCCCUGGAGGAUGCCGCUGGGCGGCGGCGGAGGCGGCGGGGGGCCGGCGGCGGGCCCCCCCGGCGGGUCGCGCUCGCUGAGCCCCGCCGCGCUGUCCCGCAGCCUGUCCCGCCUGCGGCAGCACCGCGCCCGCUCGCGGGCCAUGCUGGCCUUGGGGGUCACGCAGAUGGCGCUCGGCUGCCUCAUCGUGGCCGUCAGCUUCGCUGCCCUGGCGCUCACCACCUCGGCCCGCGUCCGCCACUCCUGCCCCUUCUGGGCCGGCUUCUCGGUGCUGUUGUCAGGACUGAUUGGUGUUGUUUCAUGGAAGAGGCCCCUUUCACUUGUGAUAACCUUUUUCAUGCUGCUGUCUGCAGUGUGUGUAAUGCUGAACUUGGCUGGUUCCAUUCUCUCGUGUCAGAAUGCUCAGCUGGUAAAGUCCCUGGAAGGAUGUCAGUUGAUUAAAUUUGACAGUGAUGGCGUCUGUGUUUGCUGUGAAAUGCAACAUCAAACAUCAGGUUGUAGUAACCUUGGAGAAACACUGAAACUGAACCCUCUACAGGAAUGUAAUGUUGUGAGGUUGACCCUAAAGGAUCUGUUGUUCAGUGUAUGCGCUCUCAAUAUCAUCUCCACCAUUGUCUGUGCUUUGGCAACAGCGAUGUGUUGCAUGCAGAUGGUUUCUUCUGAUCUUCUGCAAAUGUUUCUGCCGCAGCGGCCACAUUCCGCCAAUCCGGACUGCAUGACUCCGCACGGGACUAUCCUGCAUCAAACCUUGGAUUUCGAUGAGUUCAUACCACCAAUACCACCUCCACCCUAUUACCCACCAGAGUACACCUGCACACCUGUGGUAGAGGCACAGAGUAGAGGACUCCAUUUGGACUUUCAUCAUUCCUCGUUCAGUGCUUUAUAUGAAGUCACCAUUAACAGCCCAGGAAUAUUGUAUCCAACUGAGCUGCCCCCUCCUUAUGAGGCAGUGAUUGGAGAGACACCUGCCAGUCAGGUCACUGGUACUGAUCAGCAAGUAUCUGAAUCAAGCUUGGGUGAGAGGAACAUGACCCCGGGCUUCAGCACACAAGCUUCUGGUGAGAGCACCUCAUUGAUGGUCUCUGAGGCUGCUGAUGUCCCAGACCACAGCUGCUCCUCCGAAGAUCUUUGUUCGCUGGAAGUUCAGGGGUCUCUCCGUUCGGCAGAUUUUUCUCCCUGCUGUACAAGCCGCAAAGGGGCUACAGGCCAGAGCUGCAGCAGUCUGGAUUACAGCAUCCACUGCAGGUUCCACAGAACUUGCUCAGAGGGUUUUCCUGAUGAGGAUGACAGUUUGCACAGCAGAGCAUCUAUGGACCAGUCACAAGGACAGGAAAAUGAGAACUGUGCCCACGGCAGAUCCUCAGACUGUUCCUCAGAGAAUUUCAGCCCCUCAGAAAGAGAAUUGCAGAGUUCUGCUCAAGAAAGCAAUGUCACGGCACAUUUGAAAGAAAAGAUCUGCUGUAUGGUCUCUAGCCAGCAUGCUGUCCCUUCCCAGACUGCUCCCUGUUUUGGACCUCCAAAUACUGCAUCAUAUGCGAGCAGCCCUGAGAGUACUGUCCAGCAGCACCAUGUGACAAAAUACCGAAAUUCAAAUAUAGUCCGAUCAUCGAGUGAUCCUGUAUCGUGUUCGUCUUAUCCAGAAGGUGAUCAUUGUGCCUGGACUCCUCCUACAUGUAGACGGCAUCAAGAUGCAGGAUUAUCUCCAGCAACAUUAGAAACAGUUCCUGUUUCUGAUUCUCAUAUGGCUGCCUCUGCUUGUCAGCAUUCUUUGAGCAGUUUCCUACCAACUGGAAAACAGAGGGAUACAAGGAAAAUUGAUUUCCACUUAAAGCCAAAGGCUUUGCGAACAGCCUCAAAAGAGCGACCACGCUCUUUAGUGGACCUUAAGGCAUAUAAAGACACAAAAAUUUUAGUUGCCAAAUUUUUGGAACAUUCAAACUGUAAUCUCCCUCCAGAAGUACGUCACGUAGUGAACAGUAUACGAUCAGUAAUAAAAUCUGAUGAAAGACACAUGGAAGAAGCCAUCUUCAGUGCCAAUAUUAUAGACCAGGAAGGAAUGUGAUGAAUCACCUCUUGCUAGUAUUGUUGCCAGAAUGAUAGCUAUAAAAGUGAAGUUUCAUUUACGCUGUCAGAUUCAAAAAGCAGAAUGGUCUUAACACUGACUAACCAUGUUCAGGUUGAUGGUAGACUUUACAGAGCUGGACAGAUGAUUAAGGAUGCAUGCUUGGGGCUGUUUCUCCAUUAUGAGUUACUUAGUAUUUGUGGCAUUAGUCUGAUGAUCCCUAAGUGAGGGAAAUUUGCUAAGUAUUAAAACAGGAUAUAGUAAUGCGUAAAUUGCAGGGUAUUUACUUUUAUUGUGAGAUAGUUUGAUGUAGCAGGAAAGUACAGCAUUUAAAAAAGCUUGUUGCAAGAUUGUCUUUUGCUAACUAUGAAGUAGAACGAAUAAGCAUCACUGUAUCAGUUAACCUUACAGUCAAGUCAUUAGGCAAGCAGUACUAUUAUAACAUACUUAAUAGAGAGUCAGUGUGGAAUUAACUUUUAACAUUUUUAUUGCUUUACUGGAUUUGCAAGUCAUUAAAUCUGCAAGGUUAGAAAACUGAAAACAAUUUAUUUAAAUUAAAAAAACAGUUUCUCCCAAAACAAAGCAGUAUGAAAAAAUUUGAGUGUUUAUGUAGCUCAUAAAACUAGAAACCCAUGGCUCAAUAUUUACCCUGUUCAGGUUUCUUAGAUCGGAGGGGACGUAGAAUUUUUCACAAUAAAGCAAAAAUUCUAGUGAAGUUAUUUAUCAGUAAAAGUCCAGGCUAUCCCAGCAAUCUACUCAGGAAGUCACAGCAUUUUGGUGAAAUGAUUGUGUAAUUCAGAUUUGUGAAGCAGCUUGAUACUUCUGUUAACAAAAUGCUUGUUUGUCAGGCUUGCAAGGUUUUAGUUGUCUCCCACCUUCACCAAAGCUAGUAAAACAUCUCUGUCUCCUAAAGAAAUAGUUUAAUUUGCUCCAAACUUACAUGUAUCUUUUUUAAGGGAGAACUGCUGCCUUUUUCACUGGUCCUUUUCAUUCACAUACAGCAAAGGGGUGAACAAGUAUUUGUUUCUCUGAUAUAAUACUACAGUACUGGUGUGAGGCCUGACGCCUUUCAAGCCUGACUUUGCUUGCCAGUAGGCCGUACUCAGCUGUGACCAGUUGUAAAAACACAAGUGGGCUAGACUCUGGGUGGCUGCAUGAAGACACAACUCCUUUGUGGGAGUUCCAUCACUAGGUAACUUGAAUGUAAUAUUCAGAAGCUGAACCUUUUAAAUGAAAUCAGUUUUCACUGUUUUCCACAUUUUUUCCCUUCUCC